AUUUAUUAUGGACACUGGUGUACAUCAUGUGCAGAGGAGAAGGGAAAAAAGCUGAAAAAGUCUCAGAUUUAUGCAAAUCACAAGUGAAUAUCGUCUACGAGGCUGAACAAAAUAAUUUAAACACAACAUUAACCAUAUAAAAACAGCAAAUAAAUCAACAAACAAAUAUAUUUAUUCCACAGUUUACAUCAAAAAUGAGAAGAACUUCUCUGGAGCGUUUGUCACCAGAGGAUAGAGGCAACUACCUGCCUGAAGGGGUAAACAUCUCUUUUCCUGGCCCUCUGAUGAGCAGUAAGACCCAGAAAAAGGACGUGAUGAGUUUUAUCCAGAGAAAAUCCCAGGAGUGCCUACAGCAUGUGGAGGAACCCAACCAAAAGGAAGCUUAUUUCUUCUGGAAGCUUAUGGAGCUGCGUUGCAACCAAAAUGGAAACACACUGCUGGCUGAAGUCGCUGUGCUCCUGUUUAAGAACUACAGACUUCUGAGGAAACGGCUAGGGGUUAACAAUGAAGAUAGCUGGUGUCUUCCGCUGGCAAAACUUUUAUGCUCCGACAACCCAAAAGACCAGAUACUGGAUGAUGUGAUUCAAAUGGGACAAGACCUUGACUCCAAAGGACUGACCCAUGCUGCACAGCUGUGUUACAUGGUUGCAAUGGAGGAGCUGCAGAUUUUAGAGGGAUCCAGCUUCGAGCUCAUCGGCUGUGACAGACAGCCAAUCAGCCAAUCAGCCAUGAGGGAAGCAAUUGAAAAAACUGAGGUAUACGAAUACGUAUGUUGGCUGACCACGGGGUUCGCCCAGCCAAACUUCCAGAGCUUCAAGUCCUAUCACGCCAUCAGGCUAUAUGAGUUUGGCCUUUUCGACCAAGCCUUUGAGUACUGCAAGACCAUCGCUACAGCAAUUGCUUCCUUUCCACAAGAAAUCUCAAAGACCACGAUGAAACUGACCAUUGCAAGACACUACACCAAGGGAAGGGAAAAGAACCAGAGUGGCUGCUAA